GGGUGAAAAUGGCUGAGUAUUUAGCCUCGAUUUUCGGCACCGAAAAGGAUAAGGUUAACUGCUCUUUUUACUUUAAGAUCGGGGCCUGCCGGCACGGGGACCGGUGCUCCCGGCUCCACAAUAAGCCCACUUUUAGCCAGACCAUCGUCCUACUCAACCUGUAUCGCAACCCGCAGAACACGGCUCAGACGGCAGACGGUUCCCACUGCCAUGUCAGCGACGUGGAGGUGCAAGAGCACUACGACAGCUUCUUCGAGGAGGUGUUCACUGAGCUGCAGGAGAAGUAUGGGGAGAUUGAGGAGAUGAACGUGUGUGACAACCUGGGGGACCACCUAGUGGGCAACGUCUACGUGAAGUUUCGGCGGGAGGAGGAUGCGGAACGGGCCGUCAGCGAGCUCAACAACCGCUGGUUCAAUGGGCAGGCCGUGCAAGCCGAGCUGUCCCCCGUGACCGACUUUCGAGAGUCGUGCUGCCGGCAAUAUGAGAUGGGUGAGUGCACCCGGGGUGGCUUCUGUAACUUCAUGCACCUGCGACCGAUAUCGCGGGACCUGCGACGGCAGCUGUAUGGGCGAGGUCGCCGACACAGGGGUCUUUCUCCCCCACCGCCGCCACCACCGCCGCCGAGGCCGCAGGCCGGACACCGUCCUCGGGAGAGGAAGCGGAGGCGCUCCCCGGACCACCGGCACGGACGCUUCUGAGACCGCCCCCGCCGCCGGCUCUGACCAUUCUCCCCCUAGCCGUGCGGCAGUGAGACCCCGGCGCGGGGAGGAGAAGAAAUCCACGAGCCCCUCCCACCGUCUCCUCUCCCCUCCGCCAAUAAAGCAUCCUCUUCGC